AACGAGUUUACUUUUCCACGCGAGACUAGAAGCUUCGCACACGCCAUUUUCUUUCCUGAAAGAGUUAUAAGCGUGAAGUAUUUCAGUUUCAAAUUUUAGCCAUGGCUGAUCAAGAAUACUUUCAAGAUGGACAGUUUCCCGGAGAACCUAGAUCUGCAAACCAUGAAAAGGAAAGACCACGUGAGAAAGAGAGGAGGAGGUCUAGAUCACCAAGACGGAGACGAUCGGGAAGCAAAGAAAAAAAAGAUCGAAAAGAGAAGGAUCGUCGUCGCAAAUCUAGGAGUUCAAGCUCACCAGUGAAAGAUGGAGAUGGUGACGUCACUUCCGCAAAGAAGCUUUGGUGCAGUAAGGGUCGAGGUCGUUCCCCAAAGGAUAAGACUCGGAAGAGAAAGAAGCCAUACAAGUACUGGGACAUUCCCCCACCUGGGUUUGAGCACAUCACACCAAUGCAGUACAAAGCCAUGCAAGGAAAUGUACCAGGAGUUCCAGUUGCUGCUCUCCCCAAGCUGGAGCCUUCACAGUUCCCAAAUCCCAUUGGAGAUCCUUUCCAACCAGUCUCAGUUCCUGCCAUGCCGCCAGCUCCAAUAGCAGUGGCACCCGGUGGUACAACAUUAACAAACACAACCGUACCCUUUGCUGGCAGUGCUAUCAGUCGGCAGGCUAGACGUCUCUAUGUGGGCAACAUACCAUUUGGUGUGACAGAGGAAGCCAUGAUGGAUUUCUUCAAUCAUCAAAUGAAACUUACUGGUCUUGCACAGGCUGAUGGAAAUCCAGUUAUUGCUGUACAGAUUAACUUGGACAAAAACUUUGCAUUUUUAGAGUUCCGAUCAGUGGAUGAAACAACACAAGCAAUGGCUUUCGAUGGCAUCAACUUCCAAGGGCAAUCAUUGAAGAUUCGUCGCCCUAGAGACUACCAGCCCCUCCCAGGGAUGGCUGAAACUCCGUCAGUGGCUGUGCCAGGUGUUGUUUCUACAGUAGUCCAGGACUCAGCCCACAAAGUAUUCAUUGGAGGAUUGCCAAAUUACCUCAACGAGGACCAGGUAAAGGAAUUGCUGACCUCCUUUGGACCUCUGAAGGCUUUCAACCUGGUGAAGGACAGCGCAACUGGCUUAUCGAAGGGAUAUGCAUUCUGUGAAUAUGUGGACGUCAACAUCACCGAUCAGGCAUGUGCAGGACUGAAUGGCAUGCAGCUCGGAGACAAGAAACUAAUUGUACAGCGGGCAAGUGUUGGGGCCAAGAAUGCACAGAAUGCGCCAGUACAGUUGCAGGUACCAGGGUUGAACCUGAACCAAGGUGCUGGCCCAGCCACAGAGGUUCUGUGCCUCAUGAAUAUGAUUCUGGCAGAGGAGCUUGAGGAUGAGGAGGAGUAUGAAGAUAUUGUUGAAGAUGUAAGAGAAGAGUGUGGCAAAUAUGGCGUUGUCCGCAGUAUUGAGAUUCCACGACCAAUAAAAGGGGUAGAAAUCCCAGGACUUGGCAAGAUAUUUGUUGAGUUCAACUCUGUGAUUGAUUGUCAGAAGGCACAACAAGCUCUGACAGGAAGAAAGUUCUCAAAUCGUGUUGUUGUCACCUCGUACUAUGACCCAGACAAGUACCACAGAAGAGAGUUCUAAACUAUUUUUUACAUACUGUGCUGGUUAUGAUCCACAACUCAUCAUCAUAACAAUUUGUGUCUAGCAACUUAACAUUGAAGGGAAACAACUAUUGCGUCUGACCCAUUAAUAUUCAGAGACAUAAUUGACAUGCUGCGGUUCUUUGAUACAAAUUGUUGCACUUCGAGGAAAAUGUACUGAAUAUAUUUGGAAUUAUCAGAUUUACAGGUUCUUAUUAAAUAUUCAUGUUAUUCUCAGAAUCAGCAUUUAUUUGAUAUCAAAUUAAUCAUUACAAGAUACAGAGCAGAAAAAUUAGUAUGUCUUGAAUAAUGUGGAAAUAUGUUUGUAAAGCUCUGAACUUUGACCAUCACAAAUUUGUAAGUAUUGGUUUCAUCUUGCUUUGGAAGGAAUAUUGUUUGAUAUUUGUUUGAAUUCAUCAUUGAACAUUUGAAUAAAUCCAUAUUUUGUACAAGUACCAUUGAUGGCAUCAUAUUUGUUAGUUUUUCAUGGCUUGAUACUUGACCAUUUUUAUGCUUUUAUGUCCUACCAUGUUGACUAGGAGUUUACUCUAGUAAACUUCUUACAUCAAAAUUUCUUUAAUCAUUUAUAGUUGGUGCUUUUGUGGACUUUGAAAUUGUAAAAAGCUAUGUAACAUCAUCUGAUUUGUUUUUAAAGUUCAUAUUUUGCAAAGUGCAUCAUAAUAAAAAUCAGUCUUACCAUGUGA